AUGGGUCUGUUGACCUCAGCUGACAAGGAGAAUAUUAAAAUUGCACUGCCUAAGUCGGCCAAUAAAGUAAUAGAUGUCGCAGUUGCAAGGUUAUAUAUUGCAUACCCCGAUCCCAAUCGAUGGACUUAUACAGGCCUUUCUGGAGCAAUUGUGCUGGUUGACGAUUUGGUGGGCCACUCUUUCUUCUUCAAGCUGGUCGAUAUUAAGGGUCACAAUGGAGUGCUAUGGGAUCAAGAAUUGUACGUCAAUUUUCAGUAUUAUCAGGAUCGUACUUUCUUCCACACGUUUGAGCUUGAAGAGUGCUUUGCGGGCCUGUUAUUUGAAGAUUUAAAUGAGGCAAGUCACUUCUUGAAGCGAGUGCAAAAACGUGAACGUUACGCAUCAAAAAAGACUUUAUCAAAUAAGAACGCCAUUGCAUUAACAAAGAAGAUCACAGAGCAGGAAUCUGGCAAUGUGUUCCAUGGGCCCCGUGGAGAGUCUCUAAUUGCAAAUCAGAGGGAACGCUACAAUUAUAAUAACACAGAACAUAUACCUAUAACAAAAAACAAGGCUCCUCCUCCUCCUCCUCCUCCUGUUGCAGCAGUGCCGUCAGAAGAAUCUGAAUCUGAAUCUGAACCAGACUACGACUCCGAGACCGAUAAUCAAACUUCUUCAGAAUGGACUUCAGCAGCACCAUCAAUGCCAAGCACACCUGCUCUGGGCGCACCACCGGCAGAGCCUGUUGCGAAACGUUCUUUCAGAGUACCUCCUGCACCUGCUCUUGGUACACCGCCUGCACCUCCCGCACCGCCCGCACCGCCCGCACAGCCUGCACCACCUGCACCACCUGCACCACCUGCACCACCUGCAACGUCGUCGCCUGUUUCUCCACAACAACCUCUGCCAACUGCACACAAGACUAAUAAUCCAUUUCCAUUCCCAGUGCCGCAGCUAGCAAACCAAAAACCGCCAGCGGUUUUCUCAAGUUCUCCACAACAGUUGGGGCAGCCUCAACAACAAUUUGGGCAGCCUCAACAACAGUUUGGUCAACCUCCACAACGGUUUGGUCAACCUCCACAACAAUUUGGUCAACCUUCACAACAAUUUGGUCAAUCUCCACAGCAAUUUGGCCAACCUCCUCAAAAUGGUGGUCGACCAGUACCAUCCCUUCCCAACAGAAGCGCCCGUGCCGUACCACCCCCUCCCAGCAGAUCAGCAAUUCCAGGAGGCGGGCGCGUUCCACCACCUGUUCCACCGUUACGACGUGGUCCAGCUCCUCCACCGCCACCUCAUAGGAAUACCAAUAUGUACACAAUGAAUAGAGUUUCUUCGGGUCCACCGCUCACCAGUAGUGCUACGGGUGGUAAGCCGCCGGUACCUCCACCUCCACCAAGACGUGGUCCAGCUCCACCACCGCCGGCGAGAGCUUCUCGUAUAGUCAGCAGCCCUCCACAGGCCCCUAUGGCACCAGGUUAUCAAAGCCAAUCUCCAUCCUAUUCACCUACUCCACCAACGACGUUCAACAGUGUGCGAGCGCAAGAGCAACCAACGUACCCUCAACAAUCAUUUGCCAUGGAACUACCUCCGCCACCAAUGCAGCAACAGAAUCAACAAUAUGUUGCGCCACCACCUCCACCUCCUUUCCCAACACAACAGCCAGGUGCCCCUACCGCAGUGGCGCCUCCGCCACCUCCGCCAGCAUUCUUAGGGCAACCACAAGCAUCAUCGGUACCACCUCCACCUCCGCCAGCAUUUUUAGGGCAACCACAAGCAUCGUCGGUACCACCUCCGCCAGCUCAAGGGCCUGAUGUUGAUUUUGCUGAAAGUACUGGUGAUAGUGGUAGGGAUGCCCUGUUAGCAUCUAUCAGGGGUGCUGGUGGUAUUCAUGCACUCAAAAGAGUGGAUAAAUCUCAAUUGGAUAAACCAUCAGUCUUACUGCAGGAAGCCAAGGGAGAAAAACCACAAAUUUCCUCGUCAUCUGCACCGGCGCCCGGCGGUGGGCCUGCGUCUUUGGCAGAUGCUCUUGCUGCAGCAUUAAAUAAAAGAAAGACUAAAGUUGGGUCUGACGAUUACGAUGAUGGCGAUGACUGGUAG